UAUAAUACGGUGUUGUUGUUAUAAAAAUCGUCGCCUCUGCAAAAAUUAAUGUUAUUAUUUUCAACGUUAACACCGCUGUCGCCCUUGCGCUCUUGCGCAGCUUCCGUCGCCGUUGUAGACUACAACUUCAUAAGCCAAACAAGCAAUUUCCAACUUUUUAUUUUCAUUUAUUUAUCAUUAUUUUUUAAUUUAACGCAUUUUAUACUUUUGGCGCUUUCUCGUUCCCUUUGGCGCAUAUUUACUCAUUUCGGCUAAGCGGCGACCGCUUGUGUCAUCGUAAUCAUCACCAUCAGCAUCUUCAAGUUCUCCAACGCGUUUUGUUCUGUUUUAUAUCAAGUUAUAUACAUAUGUAUGUACGUAUGUAUGUAUUUACAUACGUUCAUAGUUGUCUGCUAUAUUUGCACCCUGCGCUCCGGCGGCCUUAACUUCACUUAGCCGCGUCCACUACAGCGACUAACCACGCCGAUAAGUUCGUUGCUUCGUCGAUUUUUUUGUUUGUGUUUUCUUACUGAGAAAUUUUCAAUGUUUUUCUUUUCGACUUCAUGGCGGCGGCGGCAGCGCGUACACUUAUGUAUGUACAUAUGUAUUUAUGCUGGCCACUUUGAUGUUUGCCGACCUGUUCCGUCCAUGUUUGCCAGCCUUCCUGCUGAUGGUUUAAUUUUCGUUUAUUGGUUUUAUUACAUUUAAUGAAAACGGGCCACAACACGCAACCUUUCGAUACGUUUAUGCGGCAAACGCGUAGGCAUGGUGUAUAAACCGGUAGUCGGUGACUAUUUUUUUUAUUGGUUGAGUGUGCGAAGUUUCGUACGGUAGUCGGUCCUAUUCAGUAAUAUUUUCAGGCGCUGAAAAUAAAUUUGAAAGCAAAUAAAUCUCUGGGAUUUAAUUCCUCUUUUAUCACUGCGUUUUUUGUACGUCGUUUGAAAAAUAUCAUAAAAUUUAUUCCCAAACGUUAUCAACGUAUCAAGCAAAAUUAAAAACAAAACCAGUAACAACCAUGUGUAAUAUCUACAAAAACGCAUCGCCAACAUCAACUACUUGGAUAGCAACGUCAUCGGCAACGUCGGGUUCGGAGAUGACGGCAGGCAAACAGCGCGCGGCUGGAUGCAUUUUAACCAGUCUCACGCCAACACAUGUGACCACCAGCGGUAGCAGAAAAUUUUUACUUGCCGUCGCGCUGUUUGUCCUGUUGGCCAGCGUUAAUGGUGCUACUGAUCAGAAGACUGUUAAACCAUCACCAACAUCGCCGUUGUCAUCAUCAUCAGCGAGUCUCUCAGCAACGCCUAAAGACGAAAUUUACAUUGACGAUGAGAGCAUUGAGGGUUCAGGCGGUCGUGGCGGGCUGCACGAUGAUUUAGACAAGGAUCCCGAUUAUUCCGGUUCCGGUUUUGGUCCAGAUGACGAAGACUCCUCCACCGAUCUACAGCCAUCGCAUCGCGGAAACAAUAUACACACACAAUCGGGUAAACAUAAUACAGUUUUGACCACCGACGACAACGACGAUCUCAUCACCAGUAGAACUCAUCAUCAAACGAAUAGUGGCACAAUCAUUGGCAGUAAUAGCGGCAGCAAUUCAGGCAUCAUCGGUGGCAAUAGUGGUAGCAACACUGGCCUCAAUACAAUUGCCACCACGACGAAACAAACGUCUCCAUCCACCACCACCACAAAUCAAAAUACACCCACUCUCACCCACAUCACCACCACCACAAGCUCUGCGACGGCGGGCAAAAAUCGCGGCUCAUACCUAUACCCCAACCAAGUCCAACAAACCCACUUACCCGCAGCACCUCACUACCCUGCAGGCGGCGCUGCGCACACAGACGACGAAGACUUCGAUCUCGGCGAAGGCGAUGAUGACGACGCCAAACAGCAGCUGGGCGGCGCUGGCUCAUUUGCCGGCAGUGGUGAUGGUGAUCGUGACGACGAUGACGAUGAUCACACGGGCGAUGUGGAUGACGAUGAUGAGCACGAGGUGCUCAUUGAACGUCCACAUCAACCCAAAAACGAUUUCGGUCUGGGCAAAGAACCAACCGCUGUGGUGGAGAAUGGCACCAACACAAGCAGCACCACCGCAUCGUCCACCACUACCACCACUGGCAGCAGCAGCGGCAGCAAUGAUCACAAGGCGAUCUUUAGCUCGUCGCAUGACGAAGACGAGCAUGUUGUGGACGCUGAUGAAGAGGAUGAAUUCGAUGACACUUACGAUGAGGAUAACAAGGACGAUGACGAGGAUGAUGAGGACGGUCGCGUGCACGAAGAGGACGACAAUACCGAAGUGUAUAUUGAUGGCACGGAGCCGAAUACCAAGAGCGGCGGCAGCGUCGACCAGGACAUUGAACGAGGUACCACCAAUCAAGGCAAUACCAUACACGAAUUGGACACAAACAACGUAAAUAGCCAACCGACAGACACUAAAGUGAUCGAACACACAACCGGCAACGAAGUACUCAUCAUGAAUACCAGCGACGACGAUCGAACGGCGAGCUUCUUCGCACAACCCGGCAUUUUAGCAGCUGUCAUCGGUGGCGCUGUUGUCGGCCUGCUCUGCGCCAUUCUCGUCGUCAUGUUCAUCGUUUACCGCAUGCGGAAAAAGGACGAGGGCUCCUAUGCGCUCGAUGAACCCAAACGCUCGCCGGCUGUCAAUUCCUAUGCGAAAAACGCGAAUAAUCGCGAAUUCUAUGCCUGAGAUAAUUCCCAACGUUAUUAGAGAGUAGACGCUGUAGCGCAGGCGGUACGUGUAGGCGGCGUAAAGAGGGCGGCGAGCGCAGCAGCAGGAAGUGGAGCGAAGAGUGUAGGCGAUGGGUGCGCAGGAGGAGCAGUGAAUGGGAAAAAAAUAAAAUAAAAUUUAAUAAAAUGUAAGCGAAUAAG